CGGAGGAGCCGGAGCGGAGCGAGUGGGGCUCUGGGCGCGAGCGGCCGGCGGCGCACCCCAGGCCCGAGCUCUGCCGCGCCCGCUCAGGUCCUGCGCUCCGCCUGCCCAGACCCACCGGAGCCCCUGCCCCGGCCGGGCCGACCCCCGCCGCCCCGCGCCCGCCGCAGCCCGGCCCGCCGAGCCCCCGCGUCCUCCCGCCGCAGCCCCAGCCCCAGCCCGGCCCCGCAGCCAGGCCGCCAGGAUGGACGUGUUCAUGAAGGGCCUGUCCAUGGCCAAGGAGGGCGUCGUGGCCGCCGCGGAGAAAACCAAGCAGGGGGUCACGGAGGCGGCGGAGAAGACCAAGGAGGGCGUCCUCUACGUCGGAAACAAGACCAGAGAAGGGGUGGUACAAGGAGUCACCUCAGUGGCUGAGAAAACCAAGGAGCAGGCGUCACACCUGGGAGGAGCGAUGUUCUCCGGGGCUGGGAACAUCGCGGCAGCCACUGGCCUGGUGAAGAAGGAGGAAUUCCCCACUGACCUGAAGCCUGAGGAGGUGGCCCAGGAAGCUGCUGAGGAGCCACUGAUAGAGCCCCUGAUGGAGCCAGAAGGAGAGAGCUAUGAGGACUCGCCCCAGGAGGAGUAUCAGGAGUAUGAGCCAGAGGCCUAAGGGGCCAGGAGGGCCCCCCACCAGCAGCACAAUUCCUUCCUGAUCCCUGCCUCACCUCCCAGAGCCAGGGCUGACCUUCAACCCCUGCCCCCCAAAUACGAGAUCUUCCUACACUCCAAGGCGCCCGCUGGGAGCCUGUGUUAGUAUCUGUCCAUCUGUCUGUCCUACCCGCCGGCAUCCAACCCCGGGGCCUGGACAGGGCCUGGCCUGCGGACGACCAUGGGAGCCUCGCCGCCCCACCUGUGUUGUCCUGCCCGCCCCAUCCCGUCCAGUGUCUGCGCGGAUGUAGCAUGUUCUGUGUGUUUUUAAACCAAGAUCCGAAGGCGACGGCGCCCUGCCCUACCCCCACAGAGUCUCUCCGAGCGGCCCCUCCAGAAUCCCCCACUCCACUCCCACGCCCGCCCCAAAACCUUUUUUAUUUUUAACCAAAACCGGGAGUCAGGCUGUGCCAUACCCCUCCCCCAGCCGAUCCGGUCCAAGCUCGGGCGUUGUGUGUGUCGUGAUCGUGGCAUGGAGAGUCCCCCAACCCCGUGUGAGCGUGUUCCGGGCGGGCGGCCCAGCCGCCCCCUCCGUGUCCAUGAAUAAAGUCACUCUGUCUGUA